AUGGGCAAUUCCCACACGUCCACCGACACCAAAAACCUAAAGUUUACAGAGACAUUCACAGAUGUCUCAAACCCUUUUACUCUAUAUUCCUCAGAUCAACCUGGGAAUAUUCUGGUCUCCAAUACACUUCAAGGAGACAACUAUAGUACCUGGAGUCGUGCUAUGCGAGACAGCUUGAGCGCGAAGAAUAAACUUGGCAUGGUUGAUGGCACCAUCGACCCUCCACCAGACACUGACAAACAAUUUGCAUCAUGGCAAAGAUGCAAUGAUAUGGUCCUUGCCUGGAUUCUCAAUGUCAGGUACUCGCUAUCCUCUAUCUCACUAUGUCUCGCUCAUAGUGAUCCUCAAUGGCGAGCUGCCAUGGACUCUGAACUUCUGGCCUUUGAACAAAACAACACAUGGACUCUCACUACCCUUCCUCCUGGUCAUCGCGCCAUCGGUUGCAAAUGGGUCUACAAAAUCAUGUACCACUCUGACGGUACCAUCGAGCGUUAUAAAGCUCGCCUCGUUGCCAAAGGUUUUACACAACGCGAAGGUAUCGAUUACAAGGAAACCUUUGCUCCUGUUGCUAAACUCAUCACAGUUCGCUGUCUGUUAGCCGUUGCCUCUGUCCGUAAUUGGUCCUUACAUCAAAUGGAUGUUCAUAAUGCCUUCCUUCGCGGUGAUCUUAGUGAGGAAGUUUAUAUGCAGCUGCCUCCUGGGCUUCGUCCGCAGGGGGAGCAUAAUGUAUGCCGACUCAACAAGUCCCUCUAUGGCCUCAAGCAAGCCUCUCGCAGCUGGUUUCAUAAAUUUUCCACUGCCAUAAACCAAGCCGGCUACCAGCAGUCAAUGGCCGACUACUCCCUAUUCACUAAGGUGCUUGGAAAAUCAUUUACUGCUGUUUUGAUUUAUGUCGACGACAUGAUUAUAACAGGCAAUGAUGAGGCUGACAUCCAUGAUCUCAAACAAUUCCUUCAGUCCCACUUUCGACUUAAGGAUCUUGGACACUUGAAGUAUUUCCUUGGUGUGGAGGUGGCUCGGUCUUCUCAAGGAAUCUCCAUUUCCCAACGUAAGUUCACACUUGACAUUCUUGAUGAAGCCGGCUUACUCGGUGCAAAGCCUGCAACGUUUCCCAUGGAAGAAAGCUUGAGAUUAUCUCCCACGGAAGGGCAACUUCUCCACAAUGCCUCGAAAUACAGGAGGCUCGUUGGGAAACUCAUUUAUCUCACGAUCACUAGGCCGGAGAUUUCAUACUCGGUUCAUAUACUCAGCCAAUUCAUGCAACAACCAAGAAAGCCUCAUCUUGACGCAGUUCACCGUCUUCUACGAUACUUAAAGGGGUCACCUAGACAAGGGCUUCUUUUUCCUUCAAAUGGGAGUUUAAUGUUGCAAGGAUAUUGCGACGCCGACUGGGCUCGAUGUCCACUUACGAGAAGAUCUGUCACAGGCUAUUGUAUAUUCCUUGGGGGUGCUCUAGUAUCUUGGAAAACCAAGAAACAAUCCACUGUUUCACGAUCCUCAGCUGAAGCCGAGUAUCGUGCCAUGGCCUCUGCUACAAGUGAGCUUGUGUGGAUGAAGUUCUUAUUGGCUGACCUGCACAUUGAUCACAAGAGUCCGGCAAAGCUACACUGCGACAACCAAGCUGCACUUCACAUAACUGCCAAUCCAGUCUUUCACGAACGCACCAAACACAUAGAGAUCGACUGUCAUGUUGUUCGUGAGCGCAUACGCUCUGGGGUUAUUUCGACAGCUUAUGUACCUACUGGACAGCAGCUUGCCGAUAUAUUCACCAAGCCACUUGGACAAUCAACAUUCCGUUCUCUACUUGGCAAGAUGGGUGUUCUUGACAUUCACACUCCACCUUGA